GUAAUAUUUGUUAUGUGAUUUGAAUGCUUGUUUGUCCCGGUUACUGCUGAAUUCCUGAUAAAGUCAAACCCCGCUUAUUAUCACAUUUUGCCAAAUCCCUCUGAUGUCAUAUUAAACGGUUUGGACUCCAUACAAGCAAACGAAAAAUAAACGGCUUCUUUUCUGACAUAAAACAGCGCAUUUACCGCCGCUGGUGCGCUUAUUUUCUAGAUUAUACGGUAGUCGCGUCACUACAGCUGGAUACGGAAGUGAAGAUCAACAUACAGACAACAAACAAACACACAAAUAAAAUACUUUCGAGGAAGAGCAGUUCUUUGAAAACUCAUUAAAGCAGGAAGAAAUCUUUAAAAAAAAAUUCUAAUUGCUUUAAAUGGCAUUUGAAAGUCGAGAUUCAACACACCACAGCUUGACCAAUGAGAAUCAUGGAGGAGGGACCGCCUGUGAUGUCACAGAAAAUGGAGGGAAAGAACAGGAAGUGCUGAGUAAUGAGCAGAAAGGAACAGAUGUAACAGGACAGGAAGUGACAGGCGAGGGGGCUGCUUUGUGCAAGUUCUACUUGCUGGGACGCUGCCACUUCGGGUCGAAGUGUCGAAAUCUGCACAGCAAUCUUAGGAGAGGAAAUAUUCCUGAGGGAGAGGGAGAGGGAGAGGGAGAGGGGGGACCCCAGAAAAACAGCCAAGGGACAAAGGCGAAAAUGAAACCCCCCGGAAACGAAAACAAAAAGGGGCCGCGCGAGAAAGCAGGAAAGAAGCCCCGGAUGAAGACGGCGGAGGACGUCAUCGCCAGGGUCCAGUGGGACCCGGAGCUCCGAGCAGAGGAGUUCUCGGUGGGGUACCUCGAUCGCUUCGUGGGGGUGCUGGAGAGGCCCUUCUCCGAGUUCUCCUGGGAGGACCUAGCCUCUGUGGACCAGUACGAGACCCUGGCUGUGCCCCAGCACAGGAUCCAGUACUUCAAAUACCGGGACCGGAUCGUCUGGGACAAGAACCAGAGGAUAGACCUGGUGUUCGGAUCUACAGGGGAGGGGAGGAGCAUCGGGGACGUGAUGAGAGAGGAGGAGGAGAGGGAGAGGGAGAGGGAGAGGGAGAGGGAGAGGGAGAGGGAGGAAGGCAGGGAGACGCUACAGAAUGAAGAAUUUGAUGGAGAAUUACAGAAAACAGAUGAACGGGCGAACGAAGAAGCAACCGAAGACCAAGCAGAAAAAGAAGGGAAUGAAAAAGGAAUUGACACAAAGCUAGAAAACGUCAGAAUAGAAACGAGCUCUUUCUCUGUCCAACACCGACCUCAAACAAUAGAUUCCGAUACGGAACACGACGCAGACCAGUUCGAACCAGAACCAGAGCACCUGGGACAGACCCCGACCAUGCCACGCCCCCGCAGACCGAACCACUUCGUAGCAAUCCGCCUCUUGGGAAAGGAGUUCCGGCAGGCCUCCGUACAAAUCCGGGACUACUUGACGCGACUCGUUAGCGGUUUAGCGGAACACUUUGUACCGGUUGAGACCCUUCACAUCUCCCUGUGUCUCCUGAGACUAGACACCCAGGCGGAUGUGCAGAGAGCCAGGGACGCAUUACAGGAGUUCGGGUUUAAUAACAGACGCCUCCUACCUCCGCCGUUAGUCCUGUCCUUCCCUCACGGGCUCAGAGAUUUCAAAUCCACAGUCUUGUACCUUCAGCCCGAGCCUCUGGCCCGGCUCCAUGCCCUUGUGAGGUCCCUGGAUAGGGCGUUUAAAGACAAAGGGCUGUCUGUGACGUGCCCGAGUGAGAAUCUCUGUCCUAAAGGCAUCAAACUGCACGCAACGCUGGCUAAGGUGCGGAAAUUGCCCAAAGGAACGGAGGCCAGCUCCCAAACUGUCCAGUGCAUCCCAGAAGAGCUUUACAGCCAGGCUCCUGCGGCUGAUUUUGGCUGCCAGGUUGUAGACACUCUAGAGCUGUGCUCUAUGGGGAAAGCAAGGGGCUGUGAUGGGUUUUAUAACACCCUGGCUGCUAUCCGACUCCACUGAACCCACACAGUGUGAUUCACACAGUCCCCCUGAAUUUCAAUAGCCAUAGUUUUAUAUAUUAUACAGCAGUGGCAUCAAAAAUGAUUCAGACCAUUUCCCUGAGUUUCAAUCUUCAUAGUUUUAUAUAUUAUACAGCAACACCAAACAUGAUUCAGAGAUUUCCCCUUUUUCACUAGCUAUAAUGCGUUCUGUUUCCAAUUCUUUAUUUAUACCCUGUAUAGUAAAUUAAUAAAUGAGAAUAUAGAAUUAUAAAUGUAUAUUUAUAAAGUGCCUAUGGAAAGAGUGAAUGAACUACAGGUAGUGGACAAAAAAAUGGAAACACCUGGGUAAAUGAGGGACACCAAGUAUAUUGAAAGCAAGGGCUUCCACACAGGUGUGGCUCAUGCGUUAAUUAAGCAAAUAACAUCCCAACAUGCUUAGGGGCAUGUAUGAAAAUGCUGUACAGGCCUGGUUGCCUAUAAUUAUGGCUAGCAUGGCUGCAAGAGGAGACCUCAGUGACUUUGAAAGAGGGGUGAUUGUUGGGGUGCGUUUGGCAGGAGCUUCAGUGACCAAGACAGCUCAACGUACUGAUGUUUCACGAGCAACGGUGUCUAAGGUGAUGACGGCGUGGAACUCCGAGGGAAUGACAUCAGCAAAGGGGAACAGUGGGCGGAAGCGCAUACUCCAGGAUCGUGAUAUCUGUGCAUUAAUUCGAAGUGCAAGGCAAAACAGGCGAGCAACUGCAGAUCAACUGACUGCAAACUUCAGCCUGGGGCGCGAGAAGCCAGUUUCAUCAAAAACGGUCCACCGAGAACUCCACAGAGUGGGAUACCAUAGUGGCCCAACACCCUAUUAAGUGAAUUUACAUUGGUGUUUCCAUUUUUUUGUCCACUACCUGUAUGUCCUAUACUGUAAACAACACUAUGAUGUCAUUAAAAUACUUUAAUUUUAUAA